AUGACCUUCCCCCUCCAUGUCACUGAACAGCAGCAUGCAUGCAUGCGCGGGUGCUUGUCUUUGUGUGUGCAGGCGAUUGACAGCGGGCAUCUGCCCGGGGACCUCCUGCACGACAUCCCCUGCAUCUACCGCAACGGAUGUGUCGCCUGCGAGGUGCGUGACUACCGCGAGCUGGCAGCGGCGCUGGGCGGAAGCAUGGCGCGAAUCCCCCCAGGGGCUUCCCCCGCUGCAGCAAUGGAGGCUGCGGGCCGGCGGGCGGGCGAGGGACCGGUGAGGACGUGCCGGGUGGUGCUGCGACCCACGUCUGAGAGCAUUGCCAAGGACGUGGCCGCCAUGGCUGAUGCCUCCUGGUCCUACCAGGACAUGCUGGUGGGUGCGGAGUGGUGGCAGGACAUGCUGAAUCGUCUCUCCAUCCCUCACGCCCUCCAUUCCCUCAUCCCUCACGCCCUCCAUUCCCUCAUCCCUCACGCCCUCCAUUCCCUCAUCCCUCACGCCCUCCAUUCCCUCAUCCCUCACGCCCUCCAUUCCCUCAUCCCUCACGCCCUCCAUUCCCCCAUCCCUCACUCCCUCCAUUCCCCCAUCCCCCACUUCCUCCCCUCCCCACACCAGGAGGUGGGGGCGCGCAUCCUGAGGGCAGGGCAGCCGCCGCUGUGCCUGGACCCCAGUCCACGCGUGGCCCAGGUGGCGACGCAGCAACACUUCCUUAAGGCCAAUGCAGAGGUGGAAGCACGCAUCCUGAGGGCAGUGCAGCCGCCCUUGUGUCUGGACCCCAGUCCGCGUGUAGCAGAGGUGGCGAGGCAGCAGCAUUUCCACAAGGCGAAGCUGAACGCCGUGCCGCCCGCCUCGCGGCACCGCGGGCUGCUCAAGUACCGCCGCCUCGCCCUCCUCCCCGCCUGGGACCCCCUCUCGCCUCUCCGCCGUGCCGUGGCUGGGGAUGCUGUCGCGUCUGAUGAUGGGGAGGACGAGGAGGAGGAGGAGGAAGAAGAGCGAGGGGGUGGGAAGGGGUCUGCAAAACGAAGGCAUACUGUUGUCUAUUGGACGUGCUGCCCUCUCUGCGUCAUCAUCCUUCCUCUUCCCUCUCCCGCGCUCCCCCCUUUCUCUCUUCUUGCAGAAGCACCAGGAGGAAUGAAGGUGAAGAAGGGAAAGAAGAAAUCAAGGAAGGGGCCGGCCGCUGCCGCCGCUGCUGCUGCUGCGGGCACGUCAAGACCCCUGCCUGGGUCUCUCCCAUCCGCGAUGGCAGGCCCUACUGAUGCCUUUGCCCCCACACCAGACGCAGCAGCAACACCAGAGGCCGCCACUGCUCGUGCCCCUGACCUUGCAGCUGGUGCUGGUGCCGCUGCUGCCGCUGCUGCGGCUGCAGCUGCUGGGGGUGGUGGGAAGGUGGAGAUGGGUGCAGAUGAGUUCCUGCUCAUGAGUGCAGGCCUGCUGGGUGGGGCAUUCGGGGGAGCGACUGCACCAGCAGGGACGGCUGUAGCAGGGGCGGGUGCAGCAGCAGGCGGCACAACAGGGCUGGGUGUGGCAGCAGAGGGGGGGCUGGGGGGUGAACUGGAGCAGGGGCAGGGGGGUGCUGGGGGCGAGGAAGGGGGGUUGGAUGAUGCAUUGGAUGGGGGGCUGGAUGGGGGCCUGGACGGGGGGCUGGACGGGGGGCUGGACGGGGGGCUGGACGGGGGAUUGGAGGAGAGUCUUGAUGGAGGGCUGGAUGCUGGGUGGAAGGAUAAGAACGAGUCGCUGGAUGAGUUUGGUGGGGCUGAUGCGGGGGCAGCAGCAGCAGCAGCGCCGGCAGCAGCAGCAGGGGAGGAGAGGGCGAGUGUGAAGCAAGAGCCUACCCUGGAGCGAAGCCCGUCCAAUGCCUCUAUGCCCUCCUCCUUCCCACCCGCGCCCACUCCCACCUCUCCUGCUGUCCCUGCAUCCUCACGCCCCCAGCCGUCUGAAUUCGCCUCCCAAGUGCCGCCUGCUGCUCCUCCCCAUGUGCCCGGCAUGACAGAGCAGCAGCAGCAACAGCUCCAGCAGCAGCAGCUGCUGCAACAUAAACAGCAGCAGCAGCAGCAGCAGCAGCAGCAGCAGCAGCAGCAGGCAGGUGGUUCAGGCCAGCCGUCGGUUCCUGCAGGGUCAGCUGUGGGUGUGGCGCAGGCAGGAACGAGGGCAGGGGUAAAGCCGGAGAUGAUGGGCGUGGGGGUUGCUUCCAAGCCAGGCCAACUCCCAUCGCAACCACCCAUGCCUGGAUACACUCCCCCACACCUGGCCCCUUCCCCGCCUGCUGCCGCUGCCUCUCCGUCUGUGACAGCAGGCCCACCAGUGCCCCAACUGGCCAAGCCCGGUAUUGCUCAGCAGUCGCACCUGCCGCCGCCCACACAUGGGCAGCAGCCACACCCCGUGCAACCAGGUGCUCCUGAUGGCGCCACUCCUGCUGCCGCUGCUGCUCGCCCGCCCAUGCCUCCUGAAGCACCAUCGCCUGCUGCUGCUGCUGCUGGUAUGGCCGCACCUGGGGUUGUAAUGGCGCCACCCGAAGCCAAACCUCAGGUACGACCCAGCCUGCCUAUUCAGCAGCAGCUGGCAGCAGCAGGCAUGGUGGCUACUUCUCAGGUGGCGAAUGGGGAGCAGGUGCGCAAGGCAGUGGUUGCAGCCCCACCAUCAGGCCCCCCAGGUGGCAUAGUGGUGGAGGGCCUGUAUCCGCCAGCGCCAUCGUCCCCGGAAGCCCUCCCCCCGCCCAAGCGCAGCAACCCCGACCCGGCGUUGGUGCGGCAGGCGCUGGCGGGCGGGGGGGAGGAGGCGGCGGAGCCCAAGGGCAAGCGCAGCCUGCGCUUCUCGCUGCUCACUGCCGGUGUCAACGUCAACGCGCCCAAGAUGCGCGGGCUUACCUUCGUGCGCCUCGACUCCAACCCGCAAGGCGUGCGGCGCAUGCAGCAGCGGCUGGUGAUGAGGGGGCGGCAGAAGGACGAGUGUGUGGAGGCCAUCAUCCAGGAGGGCGCCGAUGGCGACGCUGACACUGCCGGCGCGGCAGGAGGGGCGGGCGGAUCGAGCAUCUCACUGCGCCGCGACCAGCAGCUGCCUCUCAUGCCCAACACCGAGUAUGCCGAUCGAUUCGCGCGAACCUAUGUCCGAGUGGUACGUGUGUCGCACUGCACCAUGCUGCUCUCCACCAUGCUGCCCUCCACCAUGCUGCCCUCCACCAUAGAAAACCUUUUGCUACUGGCCCUCGCUCUAGCUUUUUGCUGCUCGCCUUUCCUCUCAUGGGUGAAGUUGCCGCUUGUAAUGAUCCGAUUGUGCACUUGCUUGUUCGACACAUGGUGCCCCUCGUUCAAUCCUUGCUCAUCCUCCUUUUUGUCCUCCUCUCCAUAUUCCCCAUUCUUCUAUGUAUCCCCCUUCCAUUCCUCCCUCGCAUAUUCUUACCUUCCCACUUCACUCUCCUCCACCUCUUCUCUCACUCCCCUCUACCUACCGCUCAUUCUGACCCUCGCCCUUCCUCUCCCCUUCCCUUUCGCCCCUCUACAGGUGCAGCGCGAGGGGUGGCACAUGAUGGAGGACCAGGUCAUCCCUUUGCCCAAGCACAUGCACCCCGCCACGCAGAUCAGCACCAACUCCGCUGCCGCCCGUGACCGCGCCGCCGCCGCUGCUGCCGCCGCCGCUUCUGCCGGUGCUGCCGGUGCUUCUGCCGGUGGGAAUAGUGGUGGUGGGACAGCAGGGGGCGGGAUGGGAGGCGCAGCAGGAGCAGGGGGAGGAGGGGGUAUGGCAGGCGGGCGGGGGGUGGGUGUGGUGGGCCAAGCGGGGGCAGGGGGAGCGGGAGCAGCAGGGGCGCGGCAGGGUGGGGCUGCUGGGGGGCCUGGGGGCGCAGGAGGUGCUGCUGGUGGUGGGGUUGGGCAGCUAGGAGGUGCGGCUGUGGGGGGCCCGCCUCACCACAUGCCUUCCCGUGCUGCCCCUGCUGCUGCUGCAGGCAGUGGUGGGGUGAUGGCAGGAAUGGGUGGGAUGGGGCGGGGUGUGCCACCAGCAGGCAUGGGGAGGGGACCAAACGCGGCAGCAGCAGCUGCUGGGAACGCCAUGGGUCCCCCACAUGCCACCCCUCCUCCCCAUGCAGGCUACGCCGCUUCCCAUGCCAUGCCUUCUCACGCCGCCUCCCCACAUACGCCCUCCCCUCAUGGCCUUCCCAGCAGCAGGGUCACACCGCCCCAUACUGUCACACCCCAUACUAUGAGCCCAUCUGUAGGAUCCCCUUCUGUGGCAGGCAUAGCCCAUCCUAGGUCCCAACCUCCUGUAGCCACGGGCUCUGCUUCCCAGCCUGUAGGCGCAGCAGGCCAGGCAUAUCCCCCGCGCCCACCUCAGCUUCCCCGAGCCUCACCGACAGGCACGGUAGGAAUGGGGCACAUGGCAGGAAGGAUGGGUGCAGGUGGUAUGGGAAUGGGGCCUAGGGGAGGAAUGAGUGGGCAAGGGGGCAUGGGCGCUGGAGUGGGGGCUGCAGGCAUGGGCACAGGUAUGGGCGCGGUGAUGGGAGGAGUGGGUGGGGCUGUGGAUCCAGGGGCGGGGCAGAGCAGAGGAUUCUACGGACAGUCGAUGCCACCCCAGCAGCACUCCCAUGUGCCACCACAGCAGCAGCAGCAGCAGCAGCAACAGCAGCAAGGGCAGGGGGGACCUGCUAUGAGAACAGCACAGAUGCCUUACACACAGCCACAGCAGCAGCAGCAACAGCAGCAACCGCAGCAGCAGCCGCAAGGGCAACAGCAGCAGGGGCAGCAGCAGCAGCAGCAGCCUCAGCGACAGCAGCUUCCCUCUGCACCACCGUCUGCCAUCCCCGGCCGCACGGCCUCUCCAUCUGCCCCCCCUGCACCUGCUGCCACCACAAGCCCUGCAGGCAUGACCCCUGGUAGUGCUGCUGCCGUCGCCCCUGCGGGUGCAGGCAGGAGCCAACCUGGGGUUGGGCAGGCGACAGGAGCACAGGCAGGGCAGGCAGUACAGAUGGGUGGAGUGGCAGUUAAGCCAGUGUAG